UAUUUUGAAGAAGCGGUAACGGAAGCAGUUGUACUUACCGUGACUGACUUGAGCAAUGCGGAGUCUGGAUGAAGAGGUUUGUUAUCGGUGCUUUGUUGUUGUCGUAGCAUGCUAGCUGGAAACAGACGGAGUGUGAACUCGGCCACACAGCGCUAGUAGGAGAGACUAUUGGAUAGAGACCAAACUGUAUGCUUCAUGGACCCACAAUGUCCAGAUAGACCUGUCUGAAUGGACUCUGUGCUGUUGCCUUUAUUUAAAAACGUCUGAAUGAUCUCCUGGUGUCCUGCGAAGCUAAUGAAGUUAGCUUGCUAGCUGGAAGUACACGGACCCGAACGUAACCUAGCAACACAGCGCAUUUCAGAGUGACAAAACGGAUUUUAACGGACCCUUUCUAGAGGAAACGUUUCUGUGAUUUAGUAGAAAUGUCUAAACUUGAGUUCAGUUCAAAAGAGAAUCACCGACAACAGAAACUACUGGACGCUGUAGUUUUAAACCCUGAAGUCCGGUUACACAAAGCAGAGCUCCCACAGCAACAUGUCUGUAAGGAAGAGGAGGUUCUCUCUGAUCAGCAGCUCUGUAUUCAGGAGAGGAACUCCAGUCUGGACCAAGAGGACCCAGAGCCUCCACAGAUUAAAGAGGAACAGGAGGAACUGUGCACCAGUCAGGAGAGGAAGCAGCUUGUACUGAAGCAGGAGACUGAUACCUUUCAUCACAGUAACAACGUAAACAACACUAACAUGUCAGAUAUUCACCGUUACACUCAAACAGACGUCCAGCAGCUGCUGGUGGUGAAAGCAGAGGUUCCCCCUGAGCAGCAGGAGUGGAGCUCCAGUCUGGACCAGGAGGACCCAGAGCCCCCCCCACACAUUAAAGAGGAACAGGAGGAACUCUGGACCAGUCAGGAGGGAGAGCAGCUUCAACGGCUGGAGGAGGCUGAUGUCAAGUUCCCGUUCACUUCUGUCCCUGUGAAGAGUGAAGAAGAUGAUGAUAGUCCAGAUAGUCCUUUACAACCAGCUACUCAUGACAAGACUUCAGACUCCUCUGGACCUGAGACUGAUGACAGUGGUGACUGGGAGGAGAAACAUCUGCAGAAACACUCUGGAGUCCAAACAGGAGGGAAAACAUUUAGUUGCUCAGUUUGUGGUAAAAGAUACCUUCUGAAGAAGUCCUUAACGACUCACAUGAGACUUCAUUCAGAAGAAAAAUCUUCCAACUGCUCAGUUUGUAAAGCAAAUUUCUGUUCGCCUAGUGAUUUGGUUAAACACAUGAGAAUCCACACAGGGGAGAAACCAUUUAGUUGUUCAGUUUGUGGUAGAAGAUUCACACAACAGGGAAAUCUGAAACAACACUUAAUUCUCCACAUGGGGGAGAAACCAUUUAGUUGUUCAGUUUGUAGUAAAAGUUUUGCACAAAAGGGAAAUCUGAAACAACACUUAAUUCUCCACAUGGGGGAGAAACGAUUUAGUUGUUCAGUUUGUGAUAGAAGAUUCUCUCGGCUCAGUCAUGUCAAAAGUCACAAGUGUGUUGGUGAGAGAUGCUCGCUGAGACAAUUAGUCAAGUACUGAGUUCAAGUCUUUGUUCAACACUAAUCAGCUAUAAACUGUCAGACUUAAGGCUGCUACAGACCUCACAAUAAGCUUUUUGUCAGCUAAAAUGAAUACACGAUCAUUGUAAUUCUGUUUUUAUUUGUCUUUAUUUUGUUUUCUAGGAUACAGCUCUAUGGUAUCAGCAGUUAGGAAACUCAAGCAAAGUAUUCAACCUUGUUACUAUUGGAGGAGGGCUGGGGUUGAUGCUUGAUCACAGAAGGCUUCUAAUCUGGUCAAUUUCUGUUGGAUGGCAAGGAUGAUAAACAGUUGUAAAGCUCAGCCAACUGCAGUUGAAGGUUGUACUUCAAUAUUUGCCACAGUUUUGGUAACUAAGCACUGUGUUGCUUAGGAAUUCACUUUUUGUAUACAUUUAUUUGAAUAAAUCAAAGUUAAACUUGAA